UUCGAAAACUCUCAUCGCGUGCUUGUGAAUCUUCCAGAAUAAUAAUCGAGCGGCUUCCUUGUCGGAAAAUCUCUGUAUUCAAGUAAAUUGAGAGCAGACGAGACAAAUCCCAGUGCAAGUGAAGAUGUCUGAGCAGAACGUGACGGAGACUGAGCUUGACCUCUCCGGCGAUGGAGGCGUGAAGAAGUUGAUCCUGCAGGAAGGAGUUGGCGAGGAGCUGCCCUCGAAGGGGUGUCGGGUGUCCCUGCACUACACGGGCACCCUCCUGGACGGGACUCAGUUCGAUUCUAGUGUGGACCGAGGAGUUCCCUUUGAAUUUGAACUGGGACGCGAGUCUGUUAUCAAGGCAUUCGACAUGGGCGUUGCGACGAUGAAGAAGGGCGAGAAGUGUGUCCUCACGUGCGCCCCGGAGUACGCCUAUGGGGCCGCAGGGAGUGGGCCCAACAUUCCACCGAAUGCCACGCUGAAAUUCGAGUUGGAGAUGCUGAGCUGGGAGCUGGAGGAUCUCAGUCCGGAUCGCACCAAAGGGAUUUUGCGUGAUGUGGUGAAGGCGAGCGAUAAGAAGAGAACUCCCAAUGAGUUUGCCCACGUGCACGUGCGUCUGGUGGGGAAGUAUGGCGACAACGUGUUUGAGGACAGAGAAGUGAAGUUCGACCUCGGCGAGGGAGCGACUUGUGGUGUGGUGUCAGGUGUGGAGAUCGCUCUGGAGAAGUUCCAUCAGUAUGAGACCUCUCGCCUGAUCCUGAGGCCUGAAUUUGCCUUCGGGGCCAAUGGCAAUGAGGAGUUUGGCAUCCCUGGGAACGCCACUGUGGAGUACACGGUGACGCUGAGGGAGUUUGAGCGAUCUCAGGACACGUGGAAGCUGGACACCGCCGAGAGUCUGCAGCAGGCGCAGCUGUUUAAGGAUAAGGGCGCCAAGUACAUCAAGGAGGAGAAAUACCAAGUGGCCAUUAAGAUGCUGAAGAGGAGCAACGAUUACCUUUCCAACUGCCCGGCCGAAGACGCCAAGGCACUCAAGACUGCUGUGUACCUUAACAAAGCGCUGUGCUACCAGAAGCUGGAGGAUCCGUUUGAGGUCAAGCAGGCCUGCGACUCCGUCCUCGAGAUUGACCAGACUUCCGUGAAGGCGUUCUACAGACGAGGGCAGGCCUUCAUGAGUCUAGGCAAUCUAGAAGCGGCGAUGAAAGACUUCCAAGAGGUUCAGCAAUUGGAACCAUCAAACAAGGCGGCACAGAAUCAAAUCACUCUGCUCAAGCAUAAACUAAGGGAAGCCAAUGAGAAAGAGAGGAAAAUCUAUGCGAACAUGUUUACGAAGUUUGCCAAUGCUGACAAACAGUAAAGUGUGUGUUCUACCCAAAAACUCUGCAUCCUCAUCAUUGAAUCUGACACACUUCUUCAUUCACGCAACCAAAAGCGAGAGGAAUCCGAGCGGAAUCAGAACACGGACGUUCUGUCGUCAUGCGGCGAGUGGAAUGCUCCUGAAGACACCAUGAAGAACGUUCAUCCCAACAUUGUCAUGCUGGACAAUGUUG